CCGAGAAACAUAGCUCAUGCCAGGACGUACCUGACGGAGAAUCUCAAACUUGUCCCAAUCGGCAAUAGCGAGGUCCCACUGCGGCCGCUACUUCCUCCCUGCGCCUCGAUUGACGUUGUUCGAUCAUAUAAAAUGUCAGCAGCUUGCAGUCGUCGUCAACGUGCUGUCUUGGCAGUUCUUGUCGAAUUUGCUAGAUGAUGAUGAUACAGCACGGUCGGUGAAUUGACGUAGACUAUAAAGAGGUCGUCAAGGCUUCUGCAGCAGCUCCCUCAUCACCUACCAGCAACAUCAUGAACACCAUCCAACGCAGCCUGGCCGUUCUCAGCGCGACAGCUCUUGCUGUCACAGCGCAAAACUUAUCUUUUGGGGCGGAUAACUUCUACCGCAGCGAUGCUGUCACGCUCCAACCCAUCACUUUCCCGAAUCAGUUUCACAUGACAGUCGCGGGCAAUCUUUUCAUCCCCAACAACUUCUCUCGUACUGCGAACGCGUCCGCAAUCGUGGUCGGCCAUCCGAUGGGCGCGGUCAAGGAGCAGAGCGCCAACCUGUAUGCAACGAAAUUGGCUGAGCAGGGCUUCGUAACGAUUGCACUCGAUGUCUCGUUCUGGGGCGGCAGCGAGGGCGAGCCUCGUAACGCUGUCCUGCCUGACGUCUAUGCGGAGUCUUUCAGUGCGGCAGUUGACUAUCUAGGCACGCUAGACUUUAUUGACAGAGAGCGCAUCGGUGCUCUUGGCGUCUGUGGCAGCGGCAGCUUUGUUAUCAGCGCGGCAAAGAUCGAUUCGCGGAUUGCCAGUGUUGCUACUGUAAGCAUGUACGACAUGGGUGCCGCCAAUCGAGACGGACUGAGGAAUGCAGUCACUGCAGAGCAGCGGAAGAGGACCGUCGCUGCUGCCUCUCAGCAGCGCUGGGUUGAGGCUGAAGGUGGCGAGACUGUAUACAUCGGUGGCACUGUCCACGAGCUCACCAAUGAGACGGACGCUGUCGGGCGUGAGUUCUUCGACUUCUACCGCACCCCUCGCGGCGAGUUCACGCCUGAGGGAACGACAGAGAACCUGACGACGCACCCGACCAUGUCCAGCAACGUCAGAUUCCACAACUUCUAUCCGUUCAGCAAUAUCGAGGAUAUCUCACCUCGACCCAUGCUCUUCAUCUCCGGUGACCAGGCACACUCACGCGAGUUCAGCGAGGACGCAUAUGCGCAGGCUGGUGAGCCUAAGGAGUUGGUGUGGGUGCCGGGUGCCGGUCACGUCGACCUCUACGACCGAGUCGACCUCAUCCCGUUCGAUAAGCUCACGUCUUUCUUCCAGGCGAGUCUUGGUGGUGUCAACGGUAACGCGAGUGUGGUGUAAACAGGACUUGAUGUACGACGUAGGAUGUACAGUAGCCGUAGAAAGCAUUAGAUCGAACUAUAGAGAAUUGAGAAGCAUACGUGAGAGAACGUCCAUGAUCGUUGUUCGAGGUGUGAUGUUGUCAUGUGCAGGAAGGCAGGAGCGCUGCGGAUGACGUAACUGACUCCCUCUUCCAAAGUGACGAACCUCACACUCACUCAAUGCGCAACAGGAACAGGUAUCGUAGAGUUUUCCAGCACCGUGGAGUCUCCGUCCGCAUCAGCCACAGUCCGGCCGGUUGAACCGAUUUAAGUGGGUCUGUGUGGCGUAGCAGCGACGAAUGCAUCGUCAUGCCGCGUAACAACCAUUGCGAUUGUCCUUUCUGGUGAUUAAAAUUGUGCCGAAGUUAAAGAGAUGACGCGGCGGGAGAUCG